AUGGCUAAGUGUUGUAUUUUAGUGUGUGGUGCAAGAAAAAACAAAAAACAACCUGAAUUGACGCUUCAUAGAUUUCCGAAGAAUGAAGUUUUGAGGAAAAGAUGGUUUCAGGCCAUCGGUGAGAGAAACAUCAAUCCUGGUCAAAAGGAGUGGUUCCUCUGUUCACUGCAUUUUGAAAAAAGCUGUUUUAAUAAAACUCUCGAUGUUAUGAGACUUCGUGACAACUCACUGCCAUCAAUAUUUCCAUAUCAAAAAAUGUCGGAUAAAAGGAAACUAUACAAAUGUGAUGAAUGUAUAAGAACAUAUACCAAUAGCAAUGCUUUGGAGAAUCACAAGAGAGUCAUGCACUGUAUAGUAAAUAAUGCAACUCCAAUGAAAUCACGUGGUAAUAAAAUUAAAGCAGAUACAGAAAAGUUUGAGACAUACCAGUGCCCUAUAUGUCAAACGAAUUUCCCCUCAAAAUUUGUUGCCACCAAGCAUAUAGAGGUUUAUCAUACUAAAUAUACUUCAGCCAUUCACCCAGUAAAACUUCAGGAUUGUCCAAAUUGCAAGCAGAAAAAUAGAAAUUUAGCUCUACACAAGUGUGACAAACAGAAAAAUAAAAUUGCUGUAGGCUAUAACAUCACCAAUGAAAAACAGACGAAAACAAAGUUUGAACAAUAUUUCUGUAAUUUGUGUAGCAAAGUUUUCAUCAAUGCAAACAAGUUCACUGUUCAUGUGGAGACUCAACAUAACAAAAGUGUUGAGACCAUGUUCUUUCCCAAUAUGACACAGUUCACCUUAUGGAAGGAGCAUAUAGAGAAAUUAGCAUAUAUCCAAUACCGUCUAUGCUCGGAGGAAAUAAAUGGAAGGCAAUUUUACAAUUGCAUCAACACUAAAGUAACAAAAAUGUGCACUGAACGAUGCCCCUCUAUAAUUGUUGUCCAAUCAUACCCAAAAGGCAUUCUAGCCAGAUUCUAUAAAACCCAUGCUAAUCAUAAAACUUCUGAGUAUAAUUUAGCAAGAGAAUUCCGAAAAUAUUGUAUCACAGAUUUUCUGCAAUCAAUAGACAACUCGAAUGGGUAUGAUCCAUAUUUGGAUUUUAAAAUGUUAUUGGAAAAUAUACUGGAGGCAGCGGCCAAAAUAAAAAUAUCUGGAUUAAAAGAACUUGUGGAAAAAGCAUUAGAAAUGACAAUGAUAUUAAAUACAUACAACGAAGAAGACAAUUCUUCAAAAACUAAUCACGAACGAACCAAGUCCUUGACGGAUGCACAAAUAUCUGAGGUCUUAAAACAAGAAGCAUCAGUAACAAUCAAGAGAGAACAUCCAGAUUUAGAUAUGUUUGAGCCGCUGAAGAAGAAAGCCCAUAUGGUAGAUGUUUCUCCUAGAAUAGUAAAUACUUACUCCUUAGCAGAAUAUCCUGUUGAUCAACAAUCAGACACAGAUUCUUGCGACGAUAUUGAUAACAAAAUUUUAAUUAGCAAUUUUGUAGGUAAACAGAAAUCUAAACCUUGUAAUACUAAAACAGAUUUAGAUUUACUAGACGAUAAAGACAAGGAGUUUUCUAGUUUUAACGAUACAUAUAGAGAUUUUGUCAGAAAGAACUUACAUUUAUCCUCACCAAUGGUCACUCGGUCACGUGGAUCACAAAUAAAUUCAAAAAAGAAUUCCAGUCAGAAAAAUAAUACAACCAAGAGUACUGAGGCUGAUGUAACUGACAAUAUAAGUAAAACUUCUAACAAUCCUACUCCAAAUUCUAAAGUAAAUACUGUUAGUUCAGUAAAUGUUAAUAAUAGUGUUGCAGAUUCAGUCAAAUCCAACAAUAUUUCAACAGAAAAUGUUAAUAGUGGUUUAGCACCUGUUGUUAUGACACCUGCUCCUAAUCAUUUCAUGAAUAAUAACAUGGUAUUUGUAGCGGUUCCUUAUGCCCCUAUGAACACUAUGAUUCCUACCAACUCUACAAAUCCAUUAUUCAAUCUUGUUGGCGUUUCAGUGCCACAAAACAUAACUGUAACACAACAAACUUUAUCAAACAAUAUUAAUAAAUCCAGUCCUAAAAAAGAAACAUCAUCUAUAAAGCAUGAUAAUGCCAAUAAGAAUGGAAAGGACAACACAGGAGUUAAGAGUACUGACACAGAUGAUGAAGAAGUUAAUACAGAUGUGUAUAGAGUUAACACAGAUAUCAAUAACAGUGACUCAGAUGUUGAAAAUACUGAUACAAAAUCAAGUGCAACUUAUGAAUAUGAACCUAAAGUUAUACAAAAACCAAGUGUUAAAUUAGAAAAAGUGAAAAAGAACUCUAAAAUUCCUAAAAAUAUUGAAUAUGAAGUGAUUGAACAAGAUAGUGAUUGUAAUAUAUUAGUAUUAAAAUUAUAG